AUGGCCACCAACCUCACCAACGGCAUCUCCUCCAUCAGCGAUGACUUCACCGUCAAAGCUGGCCUCGCCCAGAUGCUCAAGGGCGGCGUCAUCAUGGACGUCACCAACGUCGAGCAAGCCCGCAUCGCCGAGGAGGCCGGCGCCGUCGCCGUCAUGGCCCUCGAGCGCAUCCCCUCCGACAUCCGCAAGGUCGGCGGUGUCGCCCGCAUGUCCAACCCGGAGAUGAUCAAGGAGAUCCAGGCCGCCGUCACCAUCCCCGUCAUGGCCAAGGCCCGCAUCGGCCACAUUGUUGAGUGCCAGAUCCUUGAGGCCCUCGGAAUCGACUACGUCGACGAGAGCGAGGUCCUCACCCCUGCUGAUGACCAGUACCACGUUCAAAAGACCGACUUCAAGGUUCCCUUUGUGUGCGGGUGCAGAAACUUGGGCGAGGCGCUGAGGAGAAUCAAGGAGGGCGCGGCGUUCAUCCGCACCAAGGGCGAGGCUGGCACCGGUGAUGUUGUCGAGGCUGUGAAGCACAUCCGGACGGUGAACGCUGAGAUCGCCAAGGCGAAGGCUGCUCUUGCUUCCGAAGGGGAGUUGGGUAUCGCCAAGUUGGCGAGGGAGAUUGGUGCUGAUCCUAUUCUGCUGAAGCAGACUGCUGAGUUGGGCAGACUGCCGGUUGUCAACUUUGCCGCUGGUGGUGUGGCUACCCCGGCUGAUGCUGCACUCAUGAUGCAGCUUGGCUGCGAUGGUGUGUUUGUUGGCAGUGGUAUUUUCAAGGAUGCGCUGGAUGCUGAGCAUGCUACCAAGCGCGCAAGGGCUAUCGUCAAGGCUGUUGCCAACUGGACGGACAAGAAGGUGCUCAUCGAGGCCAGCAUUGAGCACGGGACUGCCAUGAAGGGUAUUAGCAACGCUGGGCUCAAGGAGGAUGAGAAGCUUGCUGGCAGAGGUUGGUAA